UAUGACACUAGAUAAUAACUUUUUGAAUAUAUAGAAGGAGAAGACUAUUAAGAAGAUGUGUGUUUAGGCAUAGAAAUUACUUAAAAUAAUAAUAAAUUUGAUGUGAGAUUAAUGUAUAAUACUACAAGACCUUAUGAUGUUCCUCCUACAUUGACCGACGAAGUUUUAUUUUAUAAAAAAGAAAAUAAAAAUCUUUAUUAUGAUUUAUGGUUCAGUAGUGGUUUUCUUUAAAUAUAGAAUUUCGUUGAUAAUGCUAUAUUGGCUAAGUUAUUAAAUGAUUAAGGAAAAACUAAAAAAUAAAUUUCUAUAUAAGUGACUCCUUUUAAAAUGGCUUAAUACAUAAAAGAUGAAUUGAUUACUUAUUUAAAAGGAUAAAUGGGUAUUUUUCUUGUUUUACCUCUUAUCGUGACUUUUUUAAGAAUGUGUAGUGGUAUAUUAACUGAAAAAGAGAAAAAAAUACGAGAAGGUAUGAAAAUUAUGGGAAUGAGUAAUUUCUCGUUCUAUUCUUCUUGGAUUUCUUGUGAUUAUUUAUUGAUUUUUGUGUGGCAUUGGCUAUUUUGCGUUAGCUUGAUUAUUUAAAGUAUCUUUAUUACGUCAUUUUUUUCGAGAGCAAAAUUGGGUAAUAUCGUAUCUAUGGUGUUCUUUUUAGUCAUGUUUAUGAUUAAGUUUAUUAUUGGAAAUAAUAAUUUGCCUUUAAAAACAAAACUUGGAGCAUCUGUAUCAUCUCAAACAAGCUUUACUUUAGCUGCGGAUAUAUUUUUAUUAGUAGAAAAUGAAGGAACCGGAAUCACAUGGAGUUAAGCGUCUAAUAUGGUUGAUAAUUUUUCAAUUGGAAUAAGUAUGGGAAUGUGUAUUCUCAAUAUUUUUAUAUUUGCUAUACUUUCUUGGUAUUGCGAGUAGGUUAUUCCUAAUGAAUUUGGUAAAAAAAAACAUCCUUUGUUCUUUAUAACUUGUCUUUUUAAAAAAAAUAUUGAACAUGGAAAGGAGUUCUACGAAGAUAAAGAAAAUCUUAUUCCUAAAGAAAAUGUAGAAGAAGUUUAGGCAGGUUUAAAAUAAUAAGAAUAAAAUUAAGAAGUCUUAAGAUUAAAUAAUGUUUAUAAAGUAUAUAAUAAUGGAAAAAAAGCAGUUAACGGGGUGAAUUUAACAAUGUAUAAAAAUUAAAUUUUCUGUCUUUUGGGACAUAAUGGAGCAGGAAAAACAACUACCAUUUCUAUGUUGACUGGAAUGUUGGAGUUUUCUUAAGGACAAGCUGAAGUUUAUGGAAAAAAUAUUACUAAUGAAAUAGAGGACAUUAGAAAAUUUAUGGGUGUGUGUCCUUAACAUGAUAUUCUCUUUGAUAAUUUGACUGUUAAAGAACACUUGGAGCUAUAUGCAGUUUUCAAAGGAAUGGAUAAUAAAGAUAUACCUUUGGCUGUCCAUAAAGCUAUAAUAGAUGUUGAUUUAGCGGAAAAGACAAACGAAUUAAGCAAGAAUCUAUCAGGAGGACAGAAAAGAAGGCUUUCAGUGGCUAUAGCUUUUAUUGGAGGAAGUAAACUUAUUUAUUUGGAUGAACCUACUAGUGGAAUGGAUACUUCUGCUAGAAGAUAUAUUUGGGAUAUGUUAAAGAAAUAUAAAAAUGAUAAGAUUAUAGUACUUACUACUCAUUUUAUGGAUGAAGCUGAUUAUUUAGGAGAUAGAAUAGGUAUUAUGGGAGAAGGAAAAUUAAUAUGUUGUGGUUCUUCAGUAUUUUUGAAAAAUAGAUUUGGUGUAGGAUAUAAUCUAACAAUUUCAAAGUAAAAUAAAGACUCGCCUUCAAGUAAUAUUGUUAAUUUAGUAAAAGGAAUUAUUGCUGAAGCUAAGAAUACAACAUUAUAAUCUGCAAAUAAAAAAGAUAUUGAUGAUUAACAAGAAUUAUCAUUUUAAUUACCUAUAUAGUGUUUGAAUUAAUUCGAAAAUUUAUUUAAUUAGUUAGAUUCUUAAAAAGAACAAUUAGGAAUAGCUUCUUAUGGAAUAUCUAUAACGACUUUAUAGGAGGUUUUUUUAAAAGUAGCUGAACUACCAUAAUAAGAUAGUAACAGUAUUAAAAUUUAACCAGAUGUACAGGAACAAGUUAAAGAUCAAUUAGAUGAUUUCGAUUUAAAUUCCAUAAGAAUAAAAAAAUCAUUUUCCUUAUUUUGUAUCCAUUUUGCAGCUUUAAUUUUGAAAAGAAUUCUAUAUUUUAAAAGAGAUACUAAAGGAUUUAUAUGUGAAAUUUUUCUUCCUUGUUUAGUUGUAGUAGGUGGUUUAUCUAUUCUUUUAAUUACCUUUAUUUAAUAAGACCCUCCUAUAUUUUUAGAAGCUGGUUACUAUGGAAACUAAGAUAUUAUAGUGGGAGGAAUUCCUACUUAAACUGAAAUGAGUAGUGUUUUAGGAAAUGUAGCUUCUAAUAUAAAAUGGUAAUUAGAUUAUUAAACUGAUGUUAGAAAAUGGGAAGAUCUUAACUUUGACAAUAGAUCAAUAGAUAGGCAUGGUGCUUAUUGGUUUAUUUAAAAACCAGGAGUUCCAGUAUAAAAUAA